AUGUCUGGCUUGCCGAGGUGUGUCCGCCGAUGGAACCGUCAGCACACCCGUGAAGCCCGUGCCGUCGGCCUGUUCCUGAUGACUAUGGUUAUGUGCACGAUGUUUCUCCACUACACGACAUGCCUUUGGUUUGCAGUGGGCUUGAACCCAGAAGGCUGGGUUGGUGCAACCAAUCUGGAGCUUCUUCCCACAUCCGAACAGUAUCUGAAGACGGUUGAAUGGGCCCUUUCCCGCAUGCCCCCAUCGCGGACGACAGAAAACAUGCUUCUGAACACGCAGAUGGAGAGGUUCAUAGCCUUGCUAGCAACCGGCUCGGCGAUUCUUAUCGGUUCGGUGUUCACGUCAAUCGUGACCAAUGAACUGUCUGACAUACGCCGCGCUCACCGGACACGCUCUGAAGCAAAGAAUCAGGUUGAAGAUUACAUUGGAGCUUUCCCGGUAUCUUGGGAACUGGAGAAUGGUCUCAGGGACUACUUCCGAAGGAACACACAGGCUGGACUCACGCCAAGUAAGCAAGACAUGUCGAAAGUGCUGCCUGAGCAUCUGUAUCGUGAGUUGUGCCGUGAAGCUCUUUCCCCGGUGCUCGUAAACCACGAGUUCUUUGGCAAGCUAGCUGGCAGGUUUGUGGCCUUGCAGUACGACUUGUGUCACAAGGCCUUGACCGAUUGGAGCGUGUCUCCCCAUGAAACCCUCUUCUCCACCGGACCAACUUGCACCAGCAUGCUGAUCGUGGCUUGUGGAAGUAUUUGGUAUCGACGGAUGCACGCAUCAGCUUCGUGUGAGCUUGCGAUGGAUCCCAAGCCAAAAUCUUCAAGCAGCUUCCGACGGCGGUCUUGGGCAUCCAUUCUUCCAAUGGACGGAAGGCAGCCUGCGUUCGCAUCACAGCUGGGGACAUGCGAUUGGCUUUGCGAGGCUUGCCUCUGGACCCCCUGGAACUACGUUGGGAAGGCUAUGUCCGAGACGUCUGCCUCCCUCCUGUGCCUCAGCCACCAAUCCUUGCAGGAGCUGAUCUCUGUUCACAAAGAUGUCCGGUCCCAGGUCUACAUGUAUGCUCGAAUCUUUGUGAAAUCACUCAACGACCUGGAUGAGCUGUCUGAUCUACCAGUACCAAUGCCAAGUGAGGGGCUGACGUUCCUAGCGGACCGCGGCCCCCUUCGCCUUGGUGAAGCGAGUCAAACCAUGUCAAGCUAUCGUGACUGA